AUGCACACAUCAAUGUUUGCUUAUAUAGUCUCCGCUUUGAACAUCCUUCAUCAUCAUGUGGAGGGAAUUUCUAUAGUUGAUACCCCAUUGCCUGUCCAGAGAAAUCUUUUUGAAAGCGUACCCAAAGGCUAUGUCAGCAAAGAUGUUACACACACUAAACAAGUACCAAAUCUCGAAGCUGCUCACAUUGGAAGUGUGGGAAACGGACAAAAACGUGUUGAACCGGCACAAUUUAAAGAGGGUUCUAUCUUCACACUGGGCUCAGCCGAUUGUCUCGAAAAUAUGAUGCGGGCGCACACCCAGCUUUAUUCGAACUCAAAAUCAGAAGUCCAACAAGCGCUCAAAGCAAUACGGUUGCAGCUAUUUGACGAACUCGGGGCAGACAGGAAGUGGCGAUCAGGCGGUGGUACUGUGAUCAUGAACUUGAAGGCUCUGGAGCUCUCACUAUUGAAAAUAGAAGCUCAACAGAGAGUUAACCAAAGUUUAACUCAGCUUGAGAACUACCUGUUAGAAAACAUCAUGAAGCUUAUUUACGAAUUGCGUAGUUUUUCGAAAAUACCCGCUGAACGGAUUUGGUUCAAUUGUCACAUCAAACAAUUUUUUAAAGGCUCCAACUCUAUGUUCUUAAGAGACGAAUACUCCAAAGCAGUGCGUCGGGCUCAACUUCCAAUCAAUCGGACCCCGAUUGGUAUGACUGAGUACGACGAGACUGGAAGAGCUAUCAGGAUAGCUGCAGGUCCUCACAUGCCUUCAUGGUUAUCAGAGAUUCUCACUUCACCCUCGCGAAUCGAGGAAAGUGAGGUUGUCCAAAGAAACAUGCCUCAAGACAUCGUUGAUUUUGUCAGGCUUUUUAACAGCCGGGAUGGUGGGACCAGUAUUUCGGAUUUCGAACCAAUUGUAGAGCGCUUGUCGCAAGCCGUUGAAAAUCCACCUUCGAAAAAGCUGGACCCUCAAGUCAAUUCGUUGAGAGUAGAACUAAUUGCAUUGGCCGCACAAUCGUUUGCUCUCAAAAAUACAGAAAAGGUCGAUGAGGAAUGGGUUUUCCCAUAUUUUAUUCACCUCAUGAGAUUGACGAAACUUGCUUCGGAGCCAGAGGACCGCAUUCACGCCGAGGGACUUGUUAAUUUUUCACAGCUAGCGGUGCCUGCCUUGAGGAGCCAGUUUAUCCAAGAAUACCCAGCUGCUUUGAAGGAGAUAAUAGAAAAGGACUUCAAGUAUGGCGGCAUAAGCUUGGUCUUCGACCGGGUCUUAUCAAACGGCCCCGACAAAGAAUUGAGACAAACCGCUUUGGAGCUCAGAGGUGUCUUCGAGCGAAUGCAAAAUUUUCAGCUCAAUGGAAACGUAGCACCUCCUCGAGUUGUAAACCUGAGACUAGGGAUGAUAAGCGGCAAUCCUCUAAAUUUUCUGAAAAAAGGAAAAUUUCACCCAUUCUUUCAGGAAAUUGGUGGGAAAUGGACCAAUGAAAUUCCGAUGAUCAACAAAGCUCAACCAACAUUGGAGCUUGCAGGCAGUUCCACAGCUGACCAACUUGUGGAGAAGGAAGUUGAAAAUUGGAUCAGGUUAACAACUGAUUUGAAAAAGAAUUUCCUAUUGAGCUCUGGUGCUUCAGCAUAUUCAAAAAUGAUAGCCGAGGAGGUACUCUUUGCUGGUGGAAUCCUGGCAUUCAAGAAAUUCAAAACACUCCCCAUCUCAAAGAGAGGAUUUGAGAGUAUUUAUAAGACUAGUCUAACCACCUUGAAGAAUUUGGCAAAUGAUCAUAUCUCUCCUUCAUCUCAAAGCCCAAAGAAGACCCUCCUUGGUUCAUUGGCAAUUAGGUUUUCCAGUCUGAUUAAAAACACUUCCAAUGAAACCAAAUUCAAUUCUAAAUUUCUUUGA